CUCGGGAUCCCAAAUUACCAAGUCAGAAUCAAGAGUAUGAUUGGCGUAUGCAGCAGGCUUCUAAUCCACACAAUCCAGCUACUCAAGAAUCUCGGCACCGGUAAAGCACUAGGAGGUGGUGAAGCCAAGAACGACAUAGCUCCAACGUACAACUCCUCACCUUGCUUCCUUGUCUCCCCUUCUACCUUCUCCUCUGCGAAUUUCUCUUCCUUCACCAUGACGGAUGUCAUCUGUAGUAGUAGCUCUUCUCCGCGCUUCAGGAUCUUGACGCUGCCUGUGGGUAGUUUUCUUGCGGCGAUCAACCAAGGGUCUUCCACGUGAUGCACCGAAUCAGCCGCCGUACCAUAAUGCCUUUGAUUUCUAUGGUUUUAUUUUGAAUGUUGCUGAUGGUAGGACUGCUUGGAGUUGUGUGGUGUACGAAGCAAGCCUCCAGGGGCGGAUACAUGACAUUUUGAGGGUGUUCAGGACAGUGGCGGACCCACGUGUGUUUAGGGGUGUCCCGAAAUUUUGGGAAAACGAUUAUACAACCUCCGGUGGAAAUUUAUGAAUGGACAAAAACAUUAUAAUUGUUAAUCGGGGACACCCCUAAAAUUUGAAAAAAAUGAUUAUCCUACUCUCAUCUUUUGGUUUGCGUAUGAGAAUAUAAGUGGUAGUUUGGG